AUGAAGUGUGUCCGUCCAGUCUGGUUCUACAUGAACUACCAGAUCAACCAAAUCUUUGUGGCACCCGUUUGGACCCGGAACUUCUUCUGGGACUUCUCCCGGUAUUAUUUCUAUGCUCUCGCAUUCUGGUCUCUACUCAGCGCGAAAGUCCUCCAUCUCUAUGUGCAUCUGCACUCGUUGCCGCCAUCCAAAUUUCUCCUCUGGGGUAUUACAUUCUUCUUCCAGGAUGCCGCGAUCCUCCUACUGCUGCGAGUUAUCACCCAGCGAUCUCGGUGGUGGCCCCUAGUAGCGCUCUCCGCCUUGGUUAUCCCGUUUGGGAUGCUCAUUUCGGCCAUGACCGCUGCCAGUUUCUCCGUAUAUGUACUCAUCGGGGCUGAGAUACACUGGCGACAAGCCAAGAUCUUCACUGGCGAUGCCGCCGCCGUGCGGACCUUACUCUCGGGGUUAACCGGAGUCCUCAUUAGCGAGGGAAUUUUGUGGACAGUAACGCUGUUCACUGCGCGACCUAUUUACGAAGCGACCGGAGGAAUCUUACGGGCGUGGGAGUGGCCAUUCAGAUUGCUACUAUCUCGCCUGCGAACGACUUUGAACACGAUUGUGGAACGGCUACGAAAUCGAAGCCAAGCUCAAUCCCUCCCAGAUCCUCGAGCCUACGAACAUAUAUCCUUAGAGGAUAACUAUCUUACUUCUUCAGAUGAUUCAGAUGAGGAGGAGUAUCUAUUAUCUGAGCCCAAUACCAACCCACGGAUGAACAUGCGACCAACAAAGAGGGUGAACACUAGACUAACAGACAAGGUUCUCACCCGAAACAUUAUCAUCGGUGUCUCUAGUCUGUUUCUGUUGCUCCGAUGUCUUCGUCCGUCGUCCUCAGUGUAUUUGUUUCUGUCCGGAACUCUACCCUUGGUGGUGGUGUUUGAAGGAGUCGGCCAACGGCUGAGCCCGGUCGAUGUGACAGGCAUGCCAGAGCACUACAACUAUCUGUAUGAGGCUUCAUCUCUCUAUCCACCACCUAAAUGGAGCUGGAUGCCGAAAGACCCGGUCCCCGGCUUUGAGGACUGGGACAAAUCUGAUCCACACGCCCUUCACUAUGAUGCAUCGAAGAGCCCGCUCCAUAUAUCCAACUUACAGGAGCCGGUGCUUGAGCAGAUCCACAAUGCGCUGGCGGACGGCAAUGUCAAAAUCAAGCAUGUGGUGCUGCUGAAGCUCGAGAGCACGCGGGCUGAUGUCUUCCCAUUGCGAAAGGACUCAUUCAUGUUCGAGCGCAUCGCGAAAUCGUAUAAAAAUCAGCAGAUCCCCUAUGAUGUCCAACAACGCAUUGCAAACCUUACGUCUACUGCCGAGUAUUUGACCGGUUCUCCAACCGGUUUUACCGACAAUUCUUACGGCGGUCGGAAGGCCUACGGUGGCCUCAGUGCAACGAAUGCCUAUACGACCUCCACUUAUACGCUGAAGAGCGUGGAGGGCACUGUGUGCGGUGUGACACCCCUCGUGGUCGAUUUCAACCGCGAGUGGCAGCAGCACAUUUAUCAGCCAUGUCUGCCGCAUGUCUUCGAUAUGCUUAGCCGGCAACACGGUAUUACGAGCGAGACCGACGAUUUCACUCGGUGGCCCUGGCACUCCGCCUGGAUGCAGUCCGUGACGGACACCUACGACAACCAAUACAAGUUAACUCCGGUGCUGGGCUACAAUGACAAAACGACCAAGGAAAUCAUUGAACAGCCUAGUGCAAAACACUUCCCAUUGCAGUCUGGGGAGAUUAAUUACUACGGCUACGCUGAUACAGAGCUUCGGGAGUACAUACGUGAUGCUAUCGUCGAUGCGGAACGCGAGCACAAACGCCUUUUUCUCACUCACCUGACGGGAACCACGCAUCAUCCGUGGGGCCUACCGACCAAUACCUUUGAGCAGAUAAUGGGACCGUCGAAUAGAAACAACGAUGACCUAAACCGAUACCUGAACUCGCUUGGUUUCGUGGAUGGCUGGCUGGAGACGAUCUUAGAGAUCCUAAAGGAGGAAGGGGUUGCCAAUGAGACCUUGCUGGUCAUGGCAGGCGACCAUGGCCUGUCUCUCCCAAACGACGGAGGUAUCACCCCAUACGACAACCCUCAUGUCGGCAACUUCCACGUUCCCCUCGUCUUAGCCCACCCCCACCUACCGUCCGUCCAAAUCAACGCCCCGGUAUCCAGCAACCAGAUCGUGCCUAGUAUCAUCGAUCUGCUCAUCGAGUCAUCCUCCCUCCACAAGAAAACCAAACGCGUCGCGACUGACAUUCGCUCUCUAUAUGAAGGCCAAUCACUCAUACGACGACAGAUUAGCAAAAAAGGCAAGCGUUCGGUCUGGCAUUUUACUGUCAUGAAUACGGGCGGGUCCUGGCUAGCUCUUCGAUCUGCUGCACGCCCGGAAUUGCGACUCGUCAUUCCGCUGGUGAAUUCUGUCGAGUGGCGGUUUUCUGAUCUGCAAAAGGACCCGAAUGAGGUCAAUCCUAUUUUGAGGUUUAAUUUAGCUGAUCUAGCGCUCACGCUGAGGGUGCAAUAUGACGAGAGUGUCCUCCACUGGCUUUGGGAUGCAGCAUAUGUUGCCAAUUGGUGGGUCGCCGAGAAUUGGCAUCUGUAUCGGUACGAUCCUUUGUCGAACCUGACAACAAGUGAAUACCGGUUCUAA